AUGAACAAUAAAUAGAGGUACUAAAAUUGGAAAAAAGCAAGAUCAGACAAAAGAGACUAGAAACAAUAAUAGGGUCAUCAAUAGCAAAUAACAUUGCAUCAAUUGCAAUAAAUAGAUAAUUAAUAGAGUAACAGUCAAGAUGAAAGUGAAGAUGAAGAUUAAUAAUAAAUAACUAAGAAAGAAGAAAGAUUGAAUGAUAUUAAAUUGUUUAUGAUUGAUUAUGGUUAAUGCGAUGUCAAGAAAUGCACAGGUAGAAAAAUGGAAAGAUUUAAAUUAUUGACAGCAAUUAAGCCAAAAGUGAAAUUCUAAGGAAUCAUAGUAAGUGCAAAUGGGAAGAAGUACGUAUCAAAAGAAGAUGAGGAAUUAUUAUAAAAAGGGAUUUGUGUGAUUGAUUGCUCAUGGGCAAAGGUAGAAGAAAUUACUUAUGUGUCUCCCAAUGAAAGAUUAUUACCUCAUAUGGUAGCAGUGAAUCCAGUUAAUUUUGGGAAACAAUUCAAAUUGUCUUGUGUUGAAGCUAUUGCAGCUACAUUAGCCCUAUGUGGUCGCAGAGAAUAAGCAGAUUACAUUCUUAGUAAAUUCACUUGGGGAGAGAACUUCUUCAAGAUAAACAAAGAGGCUUUUGAUCUCUAUGCUGAAUGUCAGAAUGAUAAGGAAUUGAAAGUAGCUGAAUUAAAGUAUUUGGAAAUGGCUUAAAAGAAGGAGAAUACUGGAUAAAAGAAUUAUGAUAUGCCAAGUAGUUCUGAUGAAGAUGAAGACCAAAUUUAAUGA